GCGCGGUUCCGACUGUGAAUAAAUGGCGAGGGCUUUGGGGCGCCGUGAUGCUGCGUUUUCUGUGGGUGCUGGUGGGUCCUGGACGCCGAGUGCCUCCGGCGCCUUCGUUCCUGCCACCUUGUCCUCCCCCCGCGGUAACUGCGGAGAGGGACACCCGCUUUUUUAUCUCUACAGUCCGCUGGAUCCUGCAGCUGCCCAGGUCGCUGACCAGAGGUGAUAUCUAGCUGCCACCUGUGUUUGGAUUACUGUUUGCACCAUGGAGUUUCCUGACUUGGGAAAGCAUUGCUCAGAGAAGACUUGCAAGCAACUAGAUUUUCUACCACUAAAAUGUGAUGCAUGUAAACAAGAUUUCUGUAAAGAUCAUUUUACCUGCGCCACACAUACAUGUCCCUUUGCAUUCAAGAAGGAUGUUCGCGUCCCUGUGUGUCCUCUCUGUAACGUCCCAGUUCCAGUAAAGAAGGGGGAGCUGGCAGACGUGGUGGUCAGUGAGCAUAUGGAUAGAGAUUGUGUAGGCUGUGCUGCACCAAGAGAGAAGGUGUUCGCACACCGCUGUUCCCGGGCAGGCUGUCGGAGGAAGGAGAUGCUGCAGCUGCUGUGUGUGCAGUGCCAGCGCAACUUCUGCAUCCAGCAUCGGCAUCCUCUGGACCACAGCUGUAGCUCCUCUGGCAGCUCCGCCAGCCGAGCGGGGUGUUCAGCAACCACAGCAGAGUCUAAAGCACCGGGCACCGUGAACACUCCAUCCUCCGGCUGGCUGACCCAGCUACUCAGGUGGAAGGUGAAGCGGUAACAACAGUGUGCCCUGCUCUGCUCACCCUCUCCAGCUUCUGGCACAGUCUAAAAUGGAAAGCUUCACCAGUAGGACACGGAUUCGCUGUUAGAACAAGCAUCAGAAGGCUCCUAAAUCCAGGCACCGUGGCUCAUUCCUGUAAUCCUAUCUACUUAGGAAGCUCAGAUCUGAGGACCAAGGUUUAAAGCCCGCAUAGGCAGAAGCCUGUGAGGCCCCCAUCUCCAGAAUAUCCACCAAAAAGGAUGGUUCAAGUGGUAGAGCGCCUUCCCUGAGUGAAAAAGCCAAGCAAGACUGCAAGGUCCACUGGCUGAGAUCUG